AUGGCGCCAAAGUCUCGACUCGGGCGAAGCGCGCGUGACGCCCGACGAUGGUCCUCCGAUGACGUCGACGGCGACGCGUCGUACGACGAACGACGGGAACGAAUGGAUGUUCGCUUCGCCGCCGUGGCCGAGGACGAGCGACCGGUGAUGCCGCGCGUGAGCGACGAACGGGCGCGGGAGGGGGUGGAGGCGGGGACGUCGAUGCCGGAGACAGGGGCGGUGGACGCGGAGGCGCCGAGCGUGCUGAAAAAGUUGCAAAAGUGGGGUGAUUACGAAUCGUGCGGAGACGUCGUGCGCGGGACAAAGUUGAUUCCGAUGAAGACGCCGUUGAGCGCGCGGUACGUCGAGGAUCGGUGCGCGCACGCGCUGACGAUGGAUAUAUUACUGCGUGAGCAGCGAGCGUUGGGUAGGGAGAUCGGAUUAAUAGUGGACCUGACGAAUCACGACUGUCUGUACGAGGAGGACGUCCCGGCGUCGGUGUCUCGGACGCACGUCAGAAACGUCGCGAAGACCGUUCCGAGCGUGGGUGAUUGUCGACGCGCGUCGAAAGUGGUGAAUGAUUUCUUAUCGAGCGACGCUGGGAAAGAUCGCUACGUCGCCGUGCACUGUGCGUACGGAUUCAAUCGAACGGGCUUCAUGAUUUGUUGCCACUUGGUGGAGACGCUCGGGGUAUCGCCCGAGGAGGCGCUCGAGCUCUUCGCCGAGGCACGCCCGCCCGGAUUGAAGCACCAGCAUUUCCGGUGCGAACUUAUCGAGCGAUAUGCUGCGUUACGCUCGGGCGCGACGGAGGUGUUCGAGCGCAGGAGGCACGCCAUGCGCCGCUCGUUUGAGUCCGAGCCCGAUUUCCUCACCUACUACGAGGAAGGCGACGUCAACGACUCACUGGACAUCGACAUGUCUCGCAAGCACUGGAUGAGCGCCAAGCGAGCACACGACGCGUCGUGA